AUGUAUAUAAAGCAGGUUAUCAUCCAGGGUUUUCGUUCUUAUCGUGAUGAAACAAUUAUUGAACCAUUUAGUCCACGUUAUAAUAUUAUUGUUGGACGAAAUGGUUGUGGAAAAUCAAAUUUCUUCUUUGCUAUUCAAUUUGUCUUAAGUGAUGAAUUUAGUAAUUUAUCAGCUGAUGGUCGUUAUAAUUUAAUGCAUGAAGGUAUUAAUAGUCGAGCAUUAAAUGCUUAUGUUGAAAUUAUCUUUGACAAUUCUGAUAGUCGUAUUAUGAUUGAUAAACCUGAAGUAGCUGUACGACGACAAAUUAGUGGAAAAAAAGAUAAUUAUUUUCUUGAUCGUAAAGUCGUUAAUAAAACAGAUAUUAUCAAUAUGCUUGAAGGUGCUGGAUUUUCACGAUCAAAUCCUUAUUAUAUUGUUAAACAAGGCAAAAUUACUCAAAUGGCUAUUGCACCUGAUGCAAAUCGCCUUCAAUUAUUACGUGAAGUAGCUGGUACGAAAGUAUAUGACGAAAAAAAACAAGAAAGUGAAGCUAUCUUAACUGAAACAGAGGACCGUCGAAAGAAAAUCGCCGAUCUAUUGAAAGCUAUUGAAGAACGUCUAUUAAGUCUUGAAACUGAAAAAGAAGAACUUAAACAAUAUCAAAAAUGGGAUCGAUCAAAACGUGGUUUAGAAUGUGCUAUUUGUAUGGCAGAAUGUGAAGAUGCAAAAAAACGAAUUGAUGAAAUUGUAGCAAGAAUGAAUGGUGCUACACAAAAAAUUGAACAAUUAGAAAAUGAUCGAUUAUCUGUAACAGAACUUCUUCAACAAACAAUGGAUUCUAUCACGGAACUUAAACAACGUUUACAAACUCAACAAAUCGAACGUGAAACAUUAAUUGUUGAUAAUAAAGAUAAUUUUCAACGUAAAGCACAAAUUGAACUUGAAUUACAAGAUCUUCAAGGUGAAACUGAACAUCGUGAUGUAAAACGUGAUGAACUUAAAAAAGAAUUAGCUAAAUAUGAUAAAUUAUUAACUGAAAGUGAACAACAAUUAGCUAAAAUAAUUCCUGAUUAUGAUAUUCUAAGACAUGAAGAAGAACAGAAAACAGCUCAACGUGAUCUUGCUGAAGAAAAACGUAAAGAAUUAUUUGCUAAACGUGGUCGUGGAAAUCAAUUCAAUUCGAAAGAAGAUCGAGAUAAAUGGAUUCGAUCAGAACUUAAAUCAUUAACCAAAGCUAUUCAUGAUAAACGUGAACAAAUGCAACGUUUGAAAACAGAACUUGAAGAUGAAACAAUUAAAUCACAUGAAAUUGAAGAACAACUCCGACAAAUUGGAGAUAAUGGAAGUGAACAACGUACUCAUAUGGAUAGUGUUAAUACACGUGUUCGAGAUCUUCGACAAAAAAAGAGCGAUAUUGCUGCUCAAAAAACAGAUUUGGCACGUAAAGAAACUCAUCUACACAUGCAAGUUAGUCAAACUCGAGAUGAAUUACGUAAAUGUCAAGAUCAACUUCGAUCUGUUAUGAAUAAAGGUGCAUCAUCUGGUGCUGAUGGUUUACAACGACUUCUUCGUCAAUUUGCUGAUGAAAAUCGUAAUCAAGAUAUUAUAAAUGGUUAUCAUGGUACUUUAAUUGAAAAUAUUGAAUGUGAUCCAGCGUUUUAUACAGCUGUUGAAGUUAUUGCUGGUAAUCGACUUAAUUAUCAUAUAGUCGAUUCCGAUAUUAUCGCAACACGUUUAGUGAAAGAAUUUAAUACUGCUCGUCAACGUGGUGAAAUUCAUUUUUUACCAUUAAAUGUUUUAGAAGUACAAAAUAAUAAUUUAUCAAAUAUAAACGGUGCAUCACCAUUGAUUGAUCAACUACAAUGGAUACCAAAAGCUGAAAGAGCUGUUCGACAUGUAUUCAAUCGUAUUAUGCUUUGCGAAGAUUUUAAUUCAGCUACACGUACUGCACGACAAUAUGAUGUUGAUUGUGUUACCCUUGAUGGUGAUCAAGUUCAACGUCGAGGUGCAUUAACAGGUGGCUAUAUUGAUAAGAAAAUUUCACGUUUAGAAUUACAACAAACAAUACAAAAAUUACAUACAAAAUUAAAUAAAUAUGAACAAGAAUAUGAAAAACUUCGAAGUGAAAUAAUGAAUAUUGAUAAUGAACAUAAUAAUAUUAUGACUGAACUUCAACGUGAAGAUAUGAAAUCAAAAAAGAAUUGGGAUAAUUAUGAACAAAUGAAAACUGAUGGUAAAUAUCUUCAAACAGAAUUACAUCGAAUCGUUACACAUCGACCAGCAAAAGAACGUCAAUUCAAUGCUCUUAAUGCAACUAUUGAACAAUUUUGUGCUAAAGAAGAAUCGUUAAGAUCUGAACUUGGUAGUGAUCUUGUUUCUCAAUUAUCUAUUGAUGAACAACAUACAAUUGAUAAAUUGAAUGAUACUAUUGAACAAAUAACACAAGAUUUAAAAGAAAUUAUUAAAAAACGUGUUGAACUUGAAGGUACAAAAACAAGACUUGAACAUCAAAUUUCAAAUAAUUAUCGAAAAAAUUGUGAUCGUAUUACUACAGAUCUUGAACGAAUGCAUGUUGAAAAUGUACGUGAAACUAUUGAAGAACUUGAACGUGAAUAUGCAACUUUAUCUGAAAAACUUAAUGAACAUGAAAAACAAACUGAUGUUAUUGAUCGAAUUAUUAAUAAUUUGGAUCGUGAACUUAAAAGUAAACAAAAAGAACUUGAACAAGCAAAGAAUUCAGAUAAAGAUGUUGAUGAACGUAUCAAUGAAGAAAAACGUAAUACAGAUAAAUAUGAAGUUAAAUUACGUAAUGCACAAAAUAAGCUUGAUGAAAGUACAAAACGACAAAAUGAUAUUGGAGUCCCACCUGAUGGCCUUGACAAAUAUAAAGAUAUACCAACUAAACAACUUCAACGUGACCUUGAUCGUGCUAUAAUUGAAUUAAAAAAAUAUGCUCAUGUAAAUAAAAAAGCACUUGAUCAAUUUCUUCAAUUUAGUGAUGAACGUGAUAAAUUAACAAAUCGUAAAGGUGAAAUUGAUGAAGCACAUCGUCACAUUGUCGAUUUAAUUGAAAGUCUUGAUAAUAAACGUUUUGAAACAAUUCAAUUUACUUUUAAACAAGUUUCAUUAUAUUUUACUGAAGUAUUUAAACGUCUUGUACCUGAAGGUUCAGCACAUUUAGUUAUAAAAAAAGGCGAUAAUGAGGAUUAUGAUAGUGAACAAGUUGCUUCUCAAAGUCAAGGACAACAAAUGUCUGUUGAUGAAUUUACCGGUGUAGGUAUUAAAGUAUCAUUCAGUGGUCGAACAAAUGAAAUGCGUGACAUGCAACAAUUAUCCGGUGGUCAAAAAUCACUUGUUGCUUUAGCUUUAAUAUUUUCCAUACAAAAAUGUGAUCCAGCACCCUUUUAUUUAUUCGAUGAAAUUGAUCAAGCACUUGAUCCACAAUAUCGACAUGCUGUGGCUGAUAUGAUUAAUGAAUUAAGUCAAAAAGCUCAAUUUAUUAUCACAACAUUUGGUCCAGAUUUACUUAAAUACGGUGAUAAAUUUUAUGGUAUUACUUAUCGUAAUAAAGUUAGUCAGAUACGAUCGGUUACACGAGAUGAAGCCUUGGAAUUUGUUGAAGAUAAUGAUGCACAAAAUCAAACUGCACCAAUAGUCAUUCCUCCAAGUUAA